GAAGGAUACGCGGAUGGCCCGGCGGACGCCACGACGGUGGUUGUCGUCGGUGCAGGGCCGUCUGGAUUGAUGCUGGCAUGCAACCUCAUCCGCUUCGGUGUUGAUGUCGUCCUUCUCGACGACAGACCAGACAGAACAUCAACAGGCAAAGCAGAUGGAAUGCAGCCCAAGACGAUCGAGACAUUCAAACAAUUGAGGCUUGCUGAUCCGUUGCUGAAAAACGCCGCCCGUGUUUACGACAUUGCAUUCUGGAAAUCCACCGCAGAAAAUCCCCUCCGUCGAACCGGUCGCCAAAUCCACUAUCCUGACCAUCUCGUCGGUGCAUCCGAUCCGUAUAUUCUUCUGGCGCAUCAGGGCAUGAUUGAGGAUAUUCUCAUUGAUGAUAUCGAGUCGAGGGGUGUUUCAGUCAAGAGAAACAGUCCGUUUGUUUCCUGUUCGCGGGUUUCAAAUGGCAAGUUAAACAUCUCAUAUGAGGAUUUACCCAACAAGAAUAUCAAGACAAUCCAAGCAGAUUAUCUGGUGGGCUGCGAUGGUGCUCGAUCCAAAGUGCGCACAUUCAUCCCCGAUGCUCAACUGGAGGGAGAAAUCACCAAUGCAUCGUGGGGAGUAUUGGACGGAAUCAUCGACACCGACUUCCCCGAUCUCUGGAGCAAAGUCGCCGUGCGAUCUCACGAUGCCGGUUCUAUUCUCUGGAUUCCUCGCGAACGCAACAUGACCCGACUGUAUAUCGAAUUGAGCUCGACAGACGGAGAACGCGUGGAUAAAUCCAAAGCAACGCCCGAAUAUGUAAUGCAGCGAGCCAAAGCAGCGAUGCAUCCAUUCAAGCUGGAGUGGAAGUCGAUUGAAUGGUUUGGCAACUAUGUGGUUGGACAGCGAGUGGCGAAGCGUUUUAUGAAUGCUGACCGGCAGAUCUUUAUUGCUGGUGAUGCCGGCCACUGUCAUUCCGCUCUGGCAGCUCAAGGGGCUAAUACCAGCAUGCACGAUAGCUUCAAUCUCGCCUGGAAGUUGAAUCUGGUCAUUCGAGGUCUUGCUAAACCGUCUUUGUUGUCGACUUAUGAAGAAGAGCGACGCAAGAUUGCCAACGAUCUGAUCAACUUUGAUGCUGAACAUUGUGAGGCAUUCUCACAAGGUGAAGCAGCUCUGGCAAAGAACUUCAACGAUAACAUCCGCUUUAUUUCUGGCGUUGGAGCAGAGUAUUCAUCUGGCAUUCUGACUUAUAACAAUACAUCUAAAAGUCGUCUUCAGCCAGGAGCUUUGCAGCUCCCAGCCCGAGUGACUCGUUAUAUCGAUGCGAAUCCGGUGGAUAUUCAAUUGGGGAUUCCAUUGUUGAGUCAAUUCCAAGUCUAUCUGUUUGUUCCGGAUGUACACCAGAUGAUGCCAUUCUUGAACACACUCUGCAACAAAUUGAGCACUGGUUCUCUUGCAAAGCUUUCAUCUCGGGCUGAUCAAUCCUAUCGCCAGAAACCUCGAGGAUUGAAUAAAUCAGACGACUUUGUGCAGCCUCAGAGAUACACAGCUGUUUCGAAUGUGUUUACCUACGCAUUGGUGACUCAAUCUGAAAAGGCAGAAUUUGAACUGGCUGAUCUGCCAGAAAUGCUGCAGAAGAGUCGCUGGACUGUUUAUCUCGACAACCUGGACACUCCUAGCUGUACGGAAAAGUGGAUGGGAUCACCCGAAGCAGGAGUGGUGAUUGUUCGACCGGAUGGUUACAUUGGAGCCAAGGGAGAAUGGGGGAUGGACGAUGGAGAGAAGGCCGGAGAGUGGGUGGAGGAGUAUUUUAUUUUCUUGAAUUAGGAUAAACUAUGCACUGUUUACUCUACGUGAUAAUAUCUAAGAUAUGUAGAGGUAGAUAGACAGCAGUGGGAUACAUGGACUCUCUGUAUAGCGUCAAGUGGGGUGUUUAUCACUCAAAAGUGGGGGACCAUCGAUCGUGUCCCCUCUCUUAUAUAUACCUUCAUUCUUCUUCUAUUCCUCUCAUCAUCAAUCAUUCCAAAAUCAAUCACCAAUAUCAAAAUGGGUUCUCUCUCUCCCUCUGCUCCCCUCUUCGAACCUCUUCGCCUCGGGG